UCUACUAAUUUUGCUGACUUUUUCUUCAGUAUGCCAUGUUUAUCAAUUCUUGCACUAUAAAUGGUCCUAGCAAUAAUGAUAGAUAUAAUUAAAAUCUUCCUCCUCAUGUAUUCACUCUGUGACAGAUCGUUUAAUACGUAAAUGCGCCGAAGCAGUGAAUUUAAAAUAACUGUUUUGUAUUUAAUAUGUCUGUGUCUUUAAGUGGUAUUGAAAAAUCUAAAAUACUGGGCCAUCGUCGCCAGAGAAGUAAUAGCGAUCCUCAAGCGACAGCGUUAUUGCUUGCACAAAUACGGCGCGAUGAAGAUUGGAAGAUGUGUAAUUUGACAACAGGCAAUCAUAAUGCUGCUGUCAAAAAAACAACUGGUAGCAUGAGGACAGGUUCCCUUGGUUCAAAUUCAAGGACUUCUAUAACACCUAUGGAGAAUAAACAAAGUCGUUUAUCAGCCUUAGGAAGAUUAUUUAAGCCUUGGAAGUGGAAACGAAAGAAAAAAAGUGAUAAAUUUGAGCAAACAUCAAGAGUUUUAGAAAGAAAAAUAUCUAUGAGAGCUACAAAAGAAGAGUUAAUCAAAAGAGGUGUACUUCUGCCUGAUUAUGAUGUAAUAAAAGAAGAAACAGAACAUUUUCCUAAAAAAGAAAUCCCAAAAUUUGAAUAUAGUUUUCAAGCAAAUGGAUCUGUGUCUUCUGAACCUAGUUCCAAAGAAAUGAAUAGUUCAAAUUAUCAAGACUUAAUGGUGUCUCUUUGUGCUGCGUCAAAUACCGGUCUAUGUAAUUCUUUGAAUGCUAUAGUAACUUCCUCAUCUAACAGCUUGAGUUAG